AAGCACCCCCCGUGACUUAAAGCGGUACAGCUACUGCGUGACGCUUGCGUCUUCUUCCCUAGCUCACCAGCACAAAGGAAAGAGGCCGAAGAUGGGAGAGAGAGGAAGAGAUACAGUCUCCACGCACAAGCAACAUUGCGCUGUCGAGGGAACUGCGUGUUUUCCUAUGGCGGAGAACGGCGGCGCAGGGCAGUCGCAGCACGCCGACGACCUCAAAAGUGCGCCGAACGCAGACCCUGGGUUAGAUCGGAAUGAACCACAACCAUGUAGCCAGAGCACACCCGUGGCUCAGAACAUCGAUGGGGGUCGUAAGAACGAUGAGAACGACAGCAAUCCAGCGGAAGGGGUCGAACCAACCAUCAACGUCGAAGCGGAGGAGGACGAAGAGGGAUGGACAAGACGGCAAAGGAACCGAGACGGGAGGUCAUUCAGAGUAGCAGCAGAGGGAAGCCUUGGUGCGAUAGAGCGGGCGAUGGAAGAUGCGGUCAAACUCGGAAAGAAAGUCGUGUUCGAACCAGCUGUGGGCAUGACCUUCAAUUCUGAGCAGGAGGCUUAUGAAUUUUACAACGCAUACUCGUGGGAACUAGGGUUCGGCAUCAAGCGUGGGAACAAGUAUGUCAACGGCAACAAUUACAAAUCUAAACAAGAUUUGCUGUGCUCGUGUGAGGGCAAAGACAGUAAGCAAUUCUCAAGAUCUUCCAGGACACAGUGCCGCGCCAUGGUCAGACUGCUGCGGACUCAAGACGACGGUUGGUAUUAUGCCACAGUUGUGUUGGAGCACAAUCACAGAAUGGCUGAAACAAUAGGAGAAAGGAAAAUUUGGAAGUGCCACAACCACAUUGAUUCAUCAAUCAAAGAUUUAGUAGGCCACCUGCGCCUAAACAAUGUAUCACUGACCAAGGUUUACGGCGUCAUGUCAGAUAUGCACGGCCGUUAUGAAGAUGUGCCUUUUCGGAAGAGGUCUCUCCGCAACAUGUGUGCAGCAAUCGCAUACGAGUCCAGCCAAGACGACAUCAACAAAACUCUCGCUUUGUUUUCAAGCAUGCAAGCCGAGAACAAAGGUUUUUACUUUGCGGUGAAGACUGACGAUGAAAGAAGGGUAUCUGGAUUGUAUUGGUGCCAUCAAAAAAGCAGGGCAGAUUAUACAUGUUUUGGUGAUGUUGUGACUUUUGAUACAACAUAUAAGAGCAACCUAUACGAGAUGCCUGUAGGCAUGUUCAUCGGCGUAAACAAUCAUUAUCAAUGUUGUGUUUUUGGCUGUGUUGUGCUUCGUGAAGAAACUGUAGAAUCUUUCGAGUGGGCAUACGAAACUUUCUUAUCUUCAGUGGACAACAAAGUACCCAAGACGUUCUUGACAGACCAAAGCAGGCAGAUGGAGCUUGCAAUUGCUUCAGUCAUGCCAACCACUAUCCACAGAUGGUGCAAAUGGCACGUUUUCAAAAAGAUGAAGGAAAAAGUGGGCAACGUAUACAGAAAGGGUUCUGCAUUCCGCAUAGAGUUUGACAUGCUCAUCAAUGAGAUGAUGACCGUGGAUGAGUUUGAAAAAGAGUGGGAUGUAUUAAUGUAUACAUAUGGUCUCGACAGAAACUCAUUCAUGAAGCAAGUUUAUGAGGUUAGGGUAAAGUGGGCGAAACCAUACCUGAAGGACAACUUCUGCGCAAAGAUGUGCAGCACUCAAAGAAGCGAGUGCAUGAACAAUGUUUUAAAAAGCUAUGUCGCAAGAUCAGCACCUCUCAACAGUUUCGUCAUCCAAUUCAAUAAAAUGUAUGCCGACAGAUGUGCCGAAGAGGACUACGAGCAUGCCCAUACAAACAAGGACAAGGCAGUUAUCAAAUUCAAUAUUCCAAUAGAACGCCAUGCAUCGAAUGUCUACACAAGAACCAUGUUUAGGAUCUUCUCAGAGGAGUUGUAUCAAUCUGGCCCGUACGAAGUUAUAGGACAACAGCUCGACGGAAAGAUGAUAGUUGAGCAUGUGAACGCUGAAAUCAGGAAACGCUGGUGCAAAGUCACAUAUGAAGUAGACGUAGACAGAGAGAGUGACACAUACACAUGUGAGUGUGGCAUGUUUCAACAUUCAGGAAUACUGUGCAGACACAUUCUCAAGGUGAUGCUUCACGUCAAGCUUCAAGUAAUCCCGGACAAAUACAUAAUGAAGAGGUGGACAAGGGAUGCCCGCGACAUGCUACCAGAACAUCUCAAGUGCUACCAGAAUGAUGCAAGUGUUCAAGUCUCCAAGACAUUCAGGCACAACAUCGUUUACGUAAAAGCUCUUGAGUUAGUUAAGUUGGCGAACACAUCAGUCCCCACAUUCCAGUACGCAAUCCAAAAGUUUCACGAAAUGCAAGAAGAGCUCAACAAAAUGAUUGCUACUGAGGCGUUAUCAGAUCCCCAAAAUCAGAACAAGAGCUGCGGAGGUUCAACGCAAAAUGGAGGGAGCUCAGAGAAACCUGAUGCCACAAAUGGCAUAGCACAUCCUGAUCAAGCAGGAGGGCAUAGUGAUCAAGACUUUUCUGAGGACGUGCUACCACCCGAAAGGAAAAGAUCCAAGGGCAGGCCCAAAACAAAGCGCAUCAGAACCACAUCAGAGAUUGCUACCAAGAACAGCAAAAGGAAAUGCUGCAUAUGUGGCUCGGACGGUCACAUCACAAUCUCGUGUCCAUGCACGGCGGCAGGUGGAGCCGAUCAUGAAGGAACGAAUGCUCAAGAAACUCAUGCAUCACAAAACAUGGAGGCAGGCGAGAGUAUGUUCAGUCCGGUUGGGAGCAACGUUACUUCAGAAAACCCAGAUGCAGAGCAAAGCAUCACAAAGCCAGCAAAUCAGAGGAACAAUCAGCAAAAACCACCGUCUGCCACAAGGAGAUGCAAGAACUGUGGGCUACCUGGGCACUACGUCAGUACGUGUCCAACAUACGAAGGGCCCAAGAAGCCACCAAAAGAGGUCAGAUGCACGACAUGCACGCUAUGGGGCCACUAUAGCACCACCUGCGGAGGCGACACAACCUACAAGCGCAAGCAUGCAUCUUAGAAGCAAGCAAAGGAUUCAGAAUUCACCUACCGACGAUCAACCCCGGCAACACCUGAUACGCGGCGUCUCCCUCGUACGGUACAACGCAUCAAGCGUUUUAUCCUUUUUAGUAUGAUUUACCGAACUGCUCUGUCAGCAGAACUAUAAGAUUUGAUUUGAGAAUUUGUAAGCUAAACUAUGGCACAUGCAUUUUGCAUUUUUUAUCCAUUAUUGUAAUAGACACUCAUCCGUUUUUCACGAAUGUUUAUCCAGACCUUUUUUUUACA